AUGUACGUUGCAACUGCUACAAGACCUGAUUUAGCUUAUGCUAUAAGUAUUGUUUCUGAAAAUCUUGAAAAUCCCAGGGCCUCAGAUUGGUGUGCUGUAAAGCGAAUCUUUAAAUAUCUAAGAGAAAUUGUAGAUUUUGGCUUGUUAUAUCAAGCAAAGUCUCAUCCCAAUGAGCUUGAAGUGUACAGUGAUGCUGAUUAUGCAAGUGAUUUAAAAACAAUACACUCAAGAACUGGAAUGAUCUCUAAAUUUUUAUGUGGAACCCUCUCAUGGAUGAAUCAAAAGCAGAAGAGUGUGGUGUUAUCUACUACAGAGGCCGAAUAUGUUGCUGCGAGUGAAGAGUGUUAA